GUUCUACAGCAGGGAAGGGCAUGAUAGUAUGGACUGGAGUUUGACAGGUAAGAUCCACAACGCGCCGGCCUGAAUAUCAGGGAAAUAACUUUGUGAUUGUCCAGCCAGGUCUUGAAAAUUCGCCCACGGUUAUUUGUCUAGCGAUUUGGUGAAGUUGUAUAUUCAUUGUAUGUUUAUAUGAUUGCCUAUUGUUGUUGAAUUGGGUUAUUGGUGACGUGCGUAUAUGUUGCUCAAGCUCAAUCAAGUUGGUAGGCUUUCUUUGAAAUGUCAUUGCCCACUGAGCCUACCUACGUUUGUGAAAAUCAAAUGUUGAGCUUCUUUCUAUCGCAUUUGAAAUUGUCACGUGUUGCUGUUAUUUUAGACAUGCGCCUUGGAUGUGUUGAACGCUCAUUUUGCGUUUGAUCAAAUAGUACACUUUCUAUGUUAUUCAUAUAUUUGUUUCAUUCUGCUUUACGUAGUCACACACUUACCUGCUGUGAGCCCAUGUUCUGCCUUCUUCCUGAAAAUCAGGGUUGUAUCAUUUUCUUCCUUAUCUAGCCUAUAGUUAAAGGGAUAGUUCAUCCAUAAACCGAAAUGACAGAUUGGUUUCUUUACCCAGUAAACAGUCUAUGGACAAGACAGCGAUCCAUGCUUUGGUUUUGUUAACCUGGCCACUGUCUCCAAAAGCUGACUUUUCUAGCAUUUGUGGCACAAAUCCAAUGCAAGUCAAUAUCUCUUAGUAUAUUUCAUAUUUCAUGUCAAACGCUAGCCCAAGAUGUACUCCUUUUAAUGUCCUAUUUGCCUUAAAUGUUAUGUUUGUAUUUGUAUUUAUUACGGAUCCCCAUUAGCGUCUGCCAAGGCAGCAGCUACUCUUCCUGGGGUCCAACCACAAUUUACAUACAAUAAAACAAUACAUAACACAACACCUUAUUACACACUACUCUACCAUAACAUAUUUACAAUACAAAAUCAAUAAUACAGCAAAAUAACAAUAUUAACAUGUGUGUGUGUGUAGAGUGUGUGUGUGUUAGCAUGUGUUUGCGAAUGCUGUGUGUGUGCCUGUGUGUGUGUGUGUGUCUCUUCACAGUCUGCGCUGUUCCAUAAAAUGUAGUUUUAUCUGUUUUUUAAAUCUGAUUUUACUGCUUGACUGAGUUACAUGAUGUGGAAUAGAGUUCCAUGUAGUCCUGGCUCUAUGUAGUACUGUGCGUUUCCCGUAGUCUGUUCUGGACUUGGGGACUAUGAAGAGACCUCUGGUGGCAUGUCUCGUGGGGUAUGCAUGGGUGUCCGAGCUGUGUGCCAGCAUUCCAUACAGACAGCUCGGUAUAUUCAGCUUGUCUACACCUCUUAAAAAAACAAGCAGUGAUGAAGUCAAUCUCUCUUCCACUCUAAGCCAGGAGAGACUAACAUGCAUGUCAUUAAUGUUAGCUCUCCGUGUACUUUUAAGGGCCAGCCGUGCUGCCCUGUUCUGAGCCAACUGCAAUUUUCCAAGUCCCUCCUUGUGGCACCUGACCACACUACUGAACAGUAGUAAAGGUGCGACAAAACAAGGGCCUUUAGGACCUGCCUUGUUGAUAGUGUUGUUAAGAAGGCAGAGCAGCGCUUAAUUAUGGACAUACUUCUCCCCAUCUUAGCUACUGUUGUAUCAAUAUGCUUUGACCACAACAGUUUACAAUCUAGGGUUACUCCAAGCAGUUUAGUCACCUCAACUUGCUCAAUUUCCACAUGAUUUAUUACUAGAUGUAGUUGAGGUUUAGGGUUUAGUGAAUGAUUUGACCCAAAUACAAUGCUUUUAGUUUUGGAGAUUAUUAGAACUAACUUAUUCCUUGCCACCCAUUCCGAAACUAACUGCAACUCUUUAUUAAGUGUUGCAGUUAUUUCAGUUGCUGUAGCAGCUGACGUGUAUAGUGUUGAGUCAUCCGCAUACAGUGGGGAAAAAAAGUAUUUAGUCAGCCACCAAUUGUGCAAGUUCUCCCACUUAAAAAGAUGAGAGAGGCCUGUAAUUUUCAUCAUAGGUACACGUCAACUAUGACAGACAAAAUGAGGAAAAAAAUCCUGAAAAUCACAUUGUAGGAUUUUUAAUGAAUUUAUUUGCAAAUUAUGGUGGAAAAUAAGUAUUUGGUCAAUAACAAAAGUUUCUCAAUACUUUGUUAUAUACCCUUUGUUGGCAAUGAUACAGGUCAAACGUUUUCUGUAAGUCUUCACAAGGUUUUCACACACUGUUGCUGGUAUUUUGGCCCAUUCCUCCAUGCAGAUCUCCUCUAGAGCAGUGAUGUUUUGGGGCUGUCACUGGGCAACACGGACUUUCAACUCCCUCCAAAGAUUUUCUAUGGGGUUGAGAUCUGGAGACUGGCUAGGCCACUCCAGGACCUUGAAAUGUUUCUUACGAAGCCACUCCUUCAUUGCCCGGGCGGUGUUGUUUGGGAUCAUUGUCAUGCUGAAAGACCCAGCCACGUUUCAUCUUCAAUGCCCUUGCUGAUGGAAGGAGGUUUUCACUCAAAAUCUCACGAUACAUGGCCCCAUUCAUUCUUUCCUUUACACGGAUCAGUCGUCCUGGUCCCUUUGCAGAAAAACAGCCCCAAAGCAUGAUGGUUUCCACCCCCAUGCUUCACAGUAGGUAUGGUGUUCUUUGGAUGCAACUCAGCAUUCUUUGUCCUCCAAACACGACGAGUUGAGUUUUUACCAAAAAGUUCUAUUUUGGUUUCAUCUGACCAUAUGACAUUCUCCCAAUCCUCUUCUGGAUCAUCCAAAUGCACUCUAGCAAACUUCAGACGGGCCUGGACAUUGGACAUGUACUGGCUUAAGCAGGGGGACACGUCUCGCACUGCAGGAUUUGAGUCCCUGGCGGCGUAGUGUGUUACUGAUGGUAGGCUUUGUUACUUUGGUCCCAGCUCUCUGCAGGUCAUUCACUAGGUCCCCCCGUGCGGUUCUGGGAUUUUUGCUCACCGUUCUUGUGAUCAUUUUGACCCCACGGGGUGAGAUCUUGCGUGGAGCCCCAGAUCGAGGGAGAUUAUCAGUGGUCUUGUAUGUCUUCCAUUUCCUAAUAAUUGCUCCCACAGUUGAUUUCUUCAAACCAAGCUGCUUACCUAUUGCAGAUGCAGUCUUCCCAGCCUGGUGCAGGUCUACAAUUUUGUUUCUGGUGUCCUUUGACAGCUCUUUGGUCUUGGCCAUAGUGGAGUUUGGAGUGUGACUGUUUGAGGUUGUGGACAGGUGUCUUUUAUACUGAUAACAAGUUCAAACAGGUGCCAUUAAUACAGGUAACGAGUGGAGUACAGAGGAGCCUCUUAAAGAAGAAGUUACAGGUCUGUGAGAGCCAGAAAUCUUGCUUGUUUGUAGGUGACCAAAUACUUAUUUUCCACCAUAAUUUGCAAAUAAAUUCAUAAAAAAUCCUACAAUGUGAUUUUCGGGUUUUUUUUCCCCUCAAUUUGUCUGUCAUAGUUGACGUGUACCUAUGAUGAAAAUUACAGGCCUCUCUCAUCUUUUUAAGUGGGAGAACUUGCACGAUUGGUGGCUGACUAAAUACUUUUUUCCCCCCACUGUACAUAGAAACACUGUCUUUACUCAAAGCCAGUGGCAUGUCGUUAGUAAAGAUGGAAAAAAGUAAGGGGCCUAAACAUCUGCACCUGGGGAAUUCCUGAUUCUACCUGGAUUAAGUUUGAGAGGCUUCCAUUAAAGAACACCAUCUGGGUUCUGUUAGACAAGUAACUCUUUAUCCACAUUAUAGCAGCGGGUGUAAAGCCAUAACACAUACGUUUUUCCAGCAGCAGACUAUAAUCGAUAAUGUCAAAAGCCGCACUGAAGUCUAACAAAACAGCCCCCACAAUCAUUUUAUCAUCAAUUUCUCUCAGCCAAUCAUCAGUCAUUUGUGCUGUGCUUGUUGAAUGUCCUUCUCUAUAAGCAUGCUGAAAGUUUGUUGUCAAUUUGUUUACUGUAAAAUAGCAUUGUAUCUGGUCAAACACAAUUUUUUCCCAAAGUUUACUAAGGGUUGGUAACAGGCUAAUUGGUCGGCUAUUUGAGCCAGUAAAGGGGGCUUUACUAUUCUUAGGUAGCGGAAUGACUUUUGCGUCCCUCUAAGCCUUGGGGACACAUACAUUCUAGUAGGCUUUAAAUUGAAAAUAUGGCAAAUAGGAGUGGCAAUAUCGUCCGCUAUUAUCCUCAGUAAUUUUCCAUCCAAGUUGUCAGACCCCGGUAGCUUGUCAUUGUUAAUAGACAACAAUAAUUUUUCACCUAUUCCACACUCACUUUACGGAAUUCAAAAUUACAAUGCUUGUCUUUCAUAAUUUGGUCAGAUAUAUUUGGAUGUGUAGUGUCAGCAAUUGUUGCUGGCAUGUCAUGCCUAAAUUUGCUAAUCUUGCUCAAGCAAUUGAACAAUUGUAUGGUUGAGAGGGAUGAGGCAAAAGGAAAGGCAAAUAAGUCUGGUUGCACAACCGAUUGGCAAACGUAUUGCAAAUUGAGAAAUCAUGUGACUAAACUGAAUAAAAAGAAGAAGAAACAACACUAUGAAACAAGGAUAAAUGACAUAAAGAAUGAUAGCAAAAAGCUUUGGAGCACCUUAAAUGAAAUUUUGGGAUAAAAGGCAAACUCAGCUCCAUCAUUCAUUGAAUCAGAUGGCUCAUUCAUCACAAAACCAAUUAUUAAAGUAGUUGGCAAUAUCAGUUGGUUUUGUGAUGAAUGAGCCAUCUGAUUCAAUGAAUGAUUGAGCUGAGUUUGCCUUUUUUCCCAAAAUUUCAUUUAAGGUGCUCCAAAGCUUUUUGCUAUCAUUCUUUAUGUCAUUUAUCCUUGUUUCAUAGUGUUGUUUCUUUUUAUUCAGUUUAGUCACAUGAUUUCUCAAUUUGCAAUACGUUUGCCAAUCGGUUGUGCAACCAGACUUAUUUGCCUUUCCUUUUGCCUCAUCCCUCUCAACCAUACAAUUUUUCAAUUCCUUGAGGUAAACUGGCUUUGGCAGCCAAAACAGCCAAAUACUUCAUCUAAACAUGAAUGGAUUCUUAAUUGCGAUACGGUUCUAGAAACAUAAAGCCCUCUACUUUCAUUUCACAUCAAAACAUUUUCACAAAUGCUAAAUAUACACUUACUGUACACUGUUUUAAUACAGUUGCAGUCGACACUACUCAGUUACAACACUUUUCUGGCGUCCUUCCGUUACGAACAGGUGUUCGGAGACGAGAUAGUUAAUUAGAACAGGUGGUCGUGGCCUCUCUUCUGUAAACAAGCGCUGUAACAUGGAAAUAUCGUUGUGUGGGAAUCCUAACCCUAUAAUGGUGUGUAGUAAUUAAACCUUUUGUUUUAUGAAAAGUAUUUAUUGAUUGGAAGUAAACUUCCAAAGGUUUCCAAAACCGUAUCGCAAGCGAGGAUUAUUAACGUGUAGACAGAGCGUCGGGACUAUUGUACAGUACACAGUCCCACGCCGUCCUCAAUGCUUCAACUGAGAACCAAAGAGGGAGUCCUCUUUGGUGAACGAGAGCUAGUCCAAAGCAUCAUUGAUCAAAUCAUGGAUUGCUGUUUUACCUUGCCCAUAGACUGCUUACAAUAUGUAAUUUGGUUGAACUAAAUCUUUAACUGUAGCAAUUGAGGUAGUACUGUCAGAUAUUGAACCAGCAACAUCCUGAACUCCUGUGUCAUAAAAGACCAGGCAGCAUGUCAGACUGGGCUAAAGUACACUUACAGUGCCUUCGGAAAGUUUUCAGACCCGUUGACUUUUUCCACAUUUUGUUACGUUACAGCCUUAUUCUAAAAUGGAUUAAAGAAAUAAAAAUCCUCAUCAAUCUACACACAAUACCCCAUAAUGACAAAGUGAAAACAGGUUUUUAGAAAUCUUUGCUAAUUUAAUGAAAGUAAAAAACAGAAAUACCUUAUUUACAUAAGUAUUCAGACCCUUUGCUAUGAGACUCGAAAUUGUGCUCAGGUGCAUCCGGUUUCCAUUGAUCAUCCUUGAGAUGUUUCUACAACUUGAUUGGAGUCCACCUGUUGUAAAUUCAAUUGAUUGGACAUGAUUUGGAAAGGCACACACCUGUCUAUGUAAGGUCCCACAGUUUACAGUGCAUGUCGGAGCAAAAACCAAGCCAUGAGGUUGAAGGAAUUAUCCGUAGAGCUCCGAGACAGGAUUGUGUCGAGGCACAGAUCUGGGGAAGGGUACCAAAACAUUUCUGCAGGAUUGAAGGUCCCCAAGAACACAGUGGCCUCCAUCAUUCUUAAAUGGAAGAAGUUUGGAACCACCAAGACUCUUCCUAGAGCUGGCCACCUGGCCAAACUGAGCAAUCGUGGGAGAAGGGCCUUGGUCAGGUAGGUGACAAAGAGCCGGAUGGUCACUCUGACCGAGCUCUAGAGUUCCUUUGUGGAGAUGAAAGAACCUUCCAGAAGGACAACCAUCUCUGCAGCAUUCAAACAAUCAGGCCUUUUUGGUAGAGUGGCCAGACGGUAGCCAUUCUUCAGUAAAAGGCAUGACAGCCCGCUUGGAGUUUGCCAAAAGGCACCUAAAGACUCUGACCAUGAGAAACAAGAUUGUCUUGUCUGAUGAAACCAAGAUUGAACUCUUUGGCCUGAAUGCCAAGUGUCACGUCUGGAGGAAACCUGGCACCAUCCCUACGGUGAAGUAUGGUGGUGGCAGCAUCAUGCUGUGGGGAAGUUUUUCAGUGGCAGGGACUGGGAGACUAGUCAGGAUCGAGGCAAAGAUGAACGGAGAAAAGUACAGAGAGAUCCUUGAUGAAAACCUGUUCCAGAGCGCUCAGGACCUCAGACUGGGACGCAGGUUCAUCUUCCAACAGGACAACGACCCUAAGCACACAGCCAAGACAACGCAGGAGUGGCUUGGGGACAAGUCUCUGAAUGUCCUUGAGUGGCCCAGCAAGAGCCCGGACUUGAACCCGAUCUAAUAUCUCUGGAGAAACCUGAAAAUAGCUGUGCAGCAACUCUCCCAAUCCAACCUGACAGCGCUUGAGAGGAUCUGCAGAGAAGAAUGGGAGAAACUCCCCAAAUACAGGUAUGCCAAGCUUGUACCGUCAUACCCAAGAAGACUCAAGGUUGUAAUUGCUGCCAAAGGUGCUUCAACAAAGUACUGAGUAAAGGGUCUGAAUACUUAUGUAAAUGUUUUUUUAAAAAUAAAUUUGCAAACAUUUCUAAAAACCUGUCUCCAUAGAAUAACUCUGGAGCUCUGUCAGAGUGACCAUCGGGUUCUUGGUCACCUCUCUGACCAAGGCCCUUUUCCCCUGAUUGCUCAGUUUGGCCCGGGUGCCAGCUCUAGGAAGAGUCUUGGUGGUGGUUCCAAACUUCUUCAAUUUAAGAAUGAUGGAUGCCACUGUGCUCUUAGGGACCUUCAAUCCUGCAGAAAUAUGUUGGUACCCUUCCCCAGAUCUGUCCCUCGACACAAUCCUGUCUCGGUGCUUUACGGACAAUUCCUUCGACCUCAUGGCUUGGUUUUUGCUCUGACAUGCACUGUCAACUGGGGGACAUUAUAUAGACAGGUGUGUGCCUUUCCAAAUCAUGUCCAAUAAAUUGAAUUUGCCACAGGUGGACUCCCAAAAAGUUGUAGAAACAUCUCAAGGAUGACCAAUGGAAACAGGAUGCACCUGAGCUCAAUUUCGUGUCUCAUAGCAAAGGGCCUGAAUACCUAUGUAAAUAAGGUAUUUCUGUUUUUAAUUGUGUAUACAUUUGCAAAAUAAUCAAAAACCCUGUUUUUGCUUUGUCAUUAUGGGGUAUUGUGUGUAGUUUGAUGAGGGGGGGGAAAACAAUUUAAUAAAUUUUAGAAUAAGGCUGUAACGUAACAAGAUGUGGAAAAAGUCAGGGGUCUGAAUACUUCACGAAUACAGGGAGGUAGCUGCUUUUAAUAACACUAGUAUUUACACACUAACGUUGCUGUGAAUUAGCUUGCAAAAAAAACGAAAUAAUAAUAAUAAUAAUAUGCCAUUUAGCAGACGCUUUUAUCCAAAGCUACUUAGUCAUGUGUGCAUACAUUUUUUUGUAUUUUAUUUUUACGGAAUAGUCCGCCAGAAGCCAGAAGUUUAAUUCAAUUUAAUUUCUACUUACUCUGUCGAUUGUCUGUAGGCUUGGUCCUUAUGCAGGGGGGAAUUUGAGAAAAAAACACCUAAUGGAAAGUAUAAUUAAACAGAAUUUCCAAACGUGGGUCUGUUGUAGACCCAUGCAAUUCCUCAGCGAGGUCAGUUUCUCUCUGCUUACCUCAUGUCAAAAAUAAAAGUUCCCCACACGUUCUUGCUUUUUUGUGCAGGUAUGGCGCACGUGCAGGACCUUUAUUUUGACAUAAGGGAAGCGGAGAGGAAGUGGCUCUACAAGAGACCCACGUUUGGAAAGUCUGUUUAAUUUAUGCUCUAUUAGAUGUUUUUUCUAAAUUUCCCCCCUGCAUAAGGACCAACCCUAUAGACAAUCGGCAGAGUAAGUUAAAAUUGUAUUUUGUUUAACUUCUGGCUUCAGACGGACUAUUCCCUUUUUUUGCAAGCCAAUUCUUAGCAACGCUAGUGUGUAAAUAAAAAAGCAGCUAACAGAAAAGGCUACUCUGAUACCCUUGGUUGAAUGUUUUGUGUAUUUAUGUCCCCUAGCCCCCUAUAUGUACUCUAUUACUACUACUAUCUUUCUCCUUUUGUUAUUUCCACAGGGUGACAGAGAGAAGUCUGUAGCGAUGGAGGAUUUCUGGGCCAUGGUGCUGGCAGGGCUGAAGGUGUGGACCUACCUCAUUGUGGCUCUUCUCAUGGUGCCCGCCAUGUUUGGCUUCUCCCUGGGAAUCUCUGAGACAUACAUGAAGAUCCUGGUCAAAAUGCUGGAGGUAAAAUGCCUCUGUCCAGAAGUAGCCAACCAUCAAACAUUCACUGGCACAGGGGUACAACAAAUGGGAAAGAGGAAAUCUAAUACCUACACACUGUUUAAACGCUAGUAAACUUCCUCCAAUCAGACAAUAUGAGGUGUACAGCUGCAUGUGUCUGUAAUUGUCUUAAAUGUUGGCUAUGCAUCAUGUUCUAAAUAUAAGCUUUGUGUCCUAAAUGUAUGCUUUUUUCAUACUACACAAUAUAAUAAGAUACAGUACACAUGACUUGGCCAGUAGGCUAGCCAUGGUCCUUCAUUUUAUUUACAUUGGAGAUUGUAUCAGUUUCAGGAAUGCGGGAACAAGAAAUGCAUUGUCACUCUACUGUCAUGAACAGCUGUCACAUGUUUACUGUAGGGAAAGUCUACUGUACACAACGAUCAAUUAGCACAACUCUGAACAUGUGACUUAGGUCCUGUGAAUGCUACAUGGAAUGUAUAGAUGUUUUUAGACAGAAAAGUAUGUUCUACAGUGUAAUUGUUUAUUAUUUUUGUAAUCGUCCUGUAACCUUAUGACCUCCUGAAUAAGCCUCUGGACAGUGAUUGAAAGGUUUUCUUGGAUGAGAGUUCAGGGGUAAAUGUGUGUGUGUGUGUGUGUGUGUGUGUGUGUGUGUGUCCUUUCUGUCCUGUCCUUCUGUGGGUCAGGGGGUGAGGGGCCUAAGGCUAAAGAUAUUUCUCAUCUCUCCUGUCCUCCAGUGGGCCACGUUGAGGAUCCAGACAGUCAAUAAAGAGCAGCAGAUACUCAAAUCCUCCUCAUUCAAUGGUGAGUCAGUGAGCAGAGCUCUCACACUGAUCAAUAUAUUCAUUUGAUUGAUUGAUUGAAUGAUUGAUGGAUAGAGAGAUGAAGAGAUGUAUUUAUUUAUUCAUUGGUCUAUGAUAGUGAAAUGAUCGGGGGGAUUCCCUAAAGUUGCGUAGUUGAUAUUUUAGGCUUACAAGUCUGGGUAGUAGAUAUUUUAGGCUUACAAGUCUGGGCAAGUGUGGGAACGAGAAACAGUGACGUUUUCAGUGACUUACUUUAUUUUACCCUUGAGAAACUCAUCAUUAAUUAACAUGUUAUACAGUAUGUUAUCUGUUUCAGUCCAGUCUGGUUCUCCUAUCUCUCAAGGACACUGGGUCACAAAUCCACUGUUGUUCAGAAGCUGUGUUCAGAAGCUCAGAUAGAUGUAAAGUGCCCUAGAAUAAAUUAAGUAUGUUAGUGUACCAUAGUAGUUAGAAGGGUUGAGUGCAUGGAAAUCACUCCUGACAUGAGUUUUGCUCAGGUGUCAAUGGUUGACUGCAAAUUGAUAAUAGGUUGCAUUUUAAAAUACAGCUUCUCAAUGUGCCCAAGCCGCGUUAAAUGGUAAGGGCGGGAUAAGUCAUAUAAAACGAUACCUCUGAGAACCUAGAGACAGUGUAAACCUGUUUAUAGGGCAGGGGCGUGCAGUGGAGAAGGCUUGGAGCAGUGUUUGUUGAGUAGAAGACUGUAAUUGGUCCAGCUCAGUCACCUGAGAGCAUUUCCAAUGUGCUAUACUGUAUGAUGUGGCGCUGGGCUGGCUGCCUAUCUGUCAACUGACGCAAUUCCUCCCGUCACAAUCAGCAGUCAUAUAGGCUAGUCAGGGAGCAAUUCAAUUAAACUCGCAGUGCUGUGUUCACUAGCUAGCACAGCACAUCGAUAUGCCAUUUUUAUUUGUUGGCAUAUCAAAGUCACUCAGUCUCUCUCUCCUGGACUUUGCCCUUUGUUAUCAGAUAGUGUCUCCUUAGCUGAUUCCAUUGUCUUCAGACCUGCUGGAGGGAGGGAUACACUUUGGGGUGGGGUUGGGUAAUCUGAUCCUAGACCUGUGAUUACCUCGAUGAUAGACACACAAAGGGAGGCCCUUUAAGGAAAGAAAGGAGCCUCAUUUAUCAGUGAACACUGCUGUCUGAUCAGUUCAGCUGUUGUGUUAUCUGAAGUGGUCGUAAAGUGCAAGGCCACUGACAUUUUCUCUGUUUGAUGGCCUGUCAAUAUGGAUUCUGUAGGACAAUUCUAUUGGUGAGGCCUUGCCAACAGUGAUAAACUCUGGAUUUCAUCUAUUUAUAUCUGGAUUAGUGUUACCUUAGGAUAAGGUUAAAUAAGGAUUACUCAGAUAUCAGCCCAGGAUAUCUUGUUUUCUCAAUAUGGGGCAACAGUGUGAGAGUUAGGGACACAAGUGUGUUUGCAAUCCUCUGAUUCAUUUCCUUCAUCAACAGCUUGUCACACCCUGGCUCUGGGACUCUAUAUGUUGAGCCAGGGUGUGUUCAUUUCUGUUGUGUUUAUUUCUAUGUUGGCUAGAGUGACUCCCAAUCAGAGGCAACGAGUGUCAGCUGUCGUUGGUUGUCUCUGAUUGGGAGCCAUAUUUAAACUGUCUGUUUUCCCUUUGUGUUUGUGGGUUUUUGUUCCGUGUUGGUCAUUGUUACCGUGGACUUCACAAGUCGUUUCUUGUUUUGUUUAUUGUGGUCUAUUAUCACUAAAGAUAAUAAAGGUUAACCAUGUUCGUUCAUCACGCUGCGCCUUGGUCUAUUCCUUACGACGAUCGUGACACAGCUCCUAACAAGUCCACAGUGGUUUGACCAAUUUGUCCUCCUUUCAUUCAAAAUGUAUGAAAAUUCAAAGCCUAUUGGCUCUAGGUUUGUAAUACUGUGAAUGGUCUUUUAUCUAUGGUAAAAGAUAACACUGAAUCAUCUUCCUUAUCAACUACAAAUGGCGGUACGAUAUAAUCCAAUCUAAAAAUGAUAAGGUGGAUUAGUUGAACGUGCGUGUGUGUGUAUGUGUGUUUUUCCCCAGGCCUCGUCCAGAGGGAUGAUGGUUCUAUGGAGGAGGAGCUGGGGGAGUUAAGGCGCAGUCGCCCAAAACCACCAGUCGGGGGAGACUUCACCCUCAGCGACUGUUUCUACUUCUACAGACGAGGCAUCGAGGAUAUUGUAGAGGAUGAGGUGAGAUCACACACUAGAAUAAGAUUGAUGCCUAAUUCCAAAUGUACCCCCAACCCCAGACAUUCCAUGCUGGCCUCUAGUAGAGCUGAGUAAUACAUGUAGCUGCACCUAACCCUCUGGUAGGCUAGGAAGAGUUUCCUAAUUUAUUGCCUACUGCACACCCCUCCAGUCCUUUCAAAUCAAUGACCACGUUUACAUGCACACCAAUAUCCCGUUAUUAUUCGGGGAUACUUAAAUAUUCUGUUUUUGAGUUGACGGUAUAUGAACAUCAUAUCCCGUUUACAAUACCCCGAAUAAGCUCGUAUCCCAGUACAAUAACCCGAAUUAGAUGCCUGGGAUAUGCUGAUCUUAGAGGGAUACUGUGGCAUGUAAACAUCUUAUCCCGUUUACUGUUGUUUUUGUUUGCAUUGUAUAACCUUUGAAGUUCAUUUGGAAACAGCAAUAGUUGGAAUUGUAACUGAAGUCUGGACACUGACUGUAGGCCUCACAUGUAGCCUAUUAUAAUAUUAACUCCUGCAGAAUUGUCACGGUUUCGGCCGAGGCUGCUCCUCCUCCUGGUUCGGGCAGGCUUCGGCGGUCGUCGUCCCCGGAGUACUAGCUGCCACCGAUCUAUGUUUCAUGUUCGUUUGGUUUUGUCUGGAUGUUGUACACCUGUGUCUUGUUAGUCCUCGUUAGUGUCCUAUUUAGUUCUCGUUGUGUGUGCUUGUCGUUGUGUGUGAUUGCGCUUCUGUUUUGUGUUUGGAGCUACUUUUUCCCUCCAGUGUUUUUGGAGAGGUUAUGUUGCACAUGUUUGUGCACCGUUUGUUUUGUCACCUGUGUGCGCCGUGUAUUCGCCUUCGGGCUUAUUGUGCUUCCGUCUUUGAUAUAUAUUGCACUAAAGCCUUUGGACUGAGCCUCUGCGUCCUGCGCAUGAUUCAUACACCACACCCACCUUCAGCACGCCUUGACAGAAUCACACACCAUAAUGGAAUCAGCAGGAUCGGGCUUGUCACACACAACGACAAGCACACACAACGAGAACUAAAUAGGACACUGUGUCGCUCGAGGAGCAUCUCCGUGGGCAAGAGGGCCAGAUAAGACAACUGGAGACCGCUCUACAGGAGGUAAUCAACACCUUGCACCGAUGGGAGGCCAGCAGGGUACCCACACCUCCACCUACCCUGCCCACCCCAUCGGUCGGUCCACCAGUCCCAGGUUCGGAACCCAGGGGGAUUCGGCUCUCGCUCCCGAGGGCGUAUGACGGAACAGCUGCCGGGUGUCAGGGGUUCCUCCUGCAAGUGGAGCUCUACCUGGCCACUGUACACCCGGUGCCCUCGGGAUACAAGAGCGUUUCCGCCCUCAUCUCCUGUCUCACGGGCAAGGCGUUGGAGUGGGCUAACGCCGAGUGGAGGAAAAUGGACGCCAACACCAUCACCUACGCCGAGUUCUCCCGCCGCUUCAAGGCCGUGUUCGACCAUCCACCUGAGGGCAAAGCGGCGGGGGAGCGUCUAGUUCAUUUGAGACAGGGGAGGAGGAGCGCUCAGGUGUUCGCUCUAGAGUACCGGACUCUAGCGGCGGAUGCAGGGUGGAAUGAACGGGCUCUCAUUGACCAUUUUCGAUGUAGCCUACGAGAGGACGUUCAACGUGAGUUGGCCUGCAGGGAUACCCAUCUUACCUUCGACCAGUUGGUCGAUAUGUCCAUCCAUCUGGACACCCUGCUGGCCACCCGUGGACGUCCCGAGGGGAGUCCGUCCAUUCCGCCCUCCGGCACCUCCGAGCCGAGCCCUAUGGAGCUCGGGGGUGCCGGCGCUAGAGAACGGAGGAGGAGGAGCCCGAAGGGGCCUGUCUCCUGCACCAAGUGCGGUCGUGGAGGGCACACUGCGGCCAGGUGCUGGGGAGGGUUCUCCGGGGGAGAAGACAACAGGCCACGCACUGGGGGGGCCUCCCGGGUGAGUAGACGUCCCACUUACCCAGAGCUUUCUGUUGCGCACUUUUGUAUACCUGUUUGUUUUCCACAGGUUGCACCUCAUUCCCAGCAUAAGGCGCUAGUAGAUUCAGGCGCAGCUGGGAAUUUUGUUGAUCGAAAGUUUUGUUUUGAGUUAGGGAUCCCUCUCCUACCUGUUGACAAACCUUUUCCCGUUCAUGCCUUAGAUAGCCGCCCGUUGGGGUCGGGGUUGAUCAGGGAGAUCACAGCGCCACUUCGGAUGUGUGCGCAGGGGGGUCAUGAGGAGACUAUACAGCUGUAUCUGAUCGACUCUCCUGCGUACCCAGUGGUGCUGGGGAUUCCCUGGUUAAGCACCCAUAACCCUGCUAUUUCGUGGCAACAGAGGGCUCUCGAUGGGUGGUCUGCUCAGUGCGAGGGGCGAUGUCUGGGUGUUUCCGUGGGGGCGACUUCGGUGGAGAGUCCAAACCAAGUGCCCGCACUGCACAUUCCGCCUGAAUAUGGGGAUUUAGCUCUCGUGUUUAGAAAAACUAGGGCGACGCAGUUGCCUCCUCAUAGACAGGGGGAUUGCGCGAUUGAUCUCCAGGCAGGAGCAGCGCUCCCACGGAGCCAUGUGUAUCCUUUGUCUCAAGAGGAGAGAAAAGCUAUGGAGACUUACAUAGCCGAAUCUUUGAGACAGGGAUACAUUCGGUCCUCCACUUCUCUCGCCUCCUCGAGCUUCUUUUUUGUGAAAAAGAAAGAUGGAGGGUUGCGCCCGUGCAUUGAUUACCGUGGUCUCAAUCAGAUUACUGUGAAAUACAGUUAUCCACUCUCUCUGAUUGCGACCAUGACGGAGUCAUUGCAUGGAGCGCGGUUUUUCACAAAACUGGAUCUCAGGAGCGCGUAUAACUUGGUGCGCAUUAGGGAGGGUGACGAAUGGAAGACAGCGUUUAGUACCACGUCAGGUCAUUUCGAAUAUUUCGUCAUGCCAUAUGGGUUGAUGAAUGCUCCAUCAGUCUUCCAAUCCUUCGUAGAUGACAUUUUCCGGGAUAUGCAGGGACAAGGGGUGGUCGUGUACAUUGAUGACAUUCUGGUGUACUCGUCUACCCGAGCCGAGCAUAUAACCCUGGUGCGUCGUGUAUUGAGGAGGCUGUUGGAGCACGACCUAUAUGUCAAGGCAGAGAAAUGUCUGUUUUUCCAGAAGUCGGUCUCCUUUUUGGGUUAUCGGUUGUCCGCGUCAGGGGUGAGAAUGGAGGUGGAUCGUGUGUCCGCUGUGCGUAAUUGGCAAACCCCAACUACUGUAAAAGAGGUGCAGCAGUUUUUGGGCUUUGCGAAUUACUACCGGAGGUUUAUCCGGGGUUUUGGACAGGUGGCAGCUCCCAUCACGUCCCUUCUGAAGGGGGGUCCGGUGCGCCUGCAGUGGUCAGCCGAUGCGGACAGGGCCUUUAGGAGACUGAAGGACCUGUUUACGUCGGCUCCGGUGCUGGCGCAUCCGGAUCCCGCAUUACCCUUUCAGGUCGAGGUAGACGCGUCUGAGGCUGGUAUAGGGGCCGUUCUCUCUCUCAACGGUCCGGCACGCCACCUAAACUCCGCCCCUGUGCUUUUUACUCAAAGAAGCUCAGCCCGGCGGAGCGUAACUAUGACGUUGGGGACAGGGAGCUGUUAGCUGUAGUUCAAGCCCUUAAGGUGUGGAGGCAUUGGCUUGAGGGGGCUCAACACCCUUUCCUCAUUUUGACUGGCCAUCGGAACCUGGAGUACAUCCGGGCAGCGAGGAGACUGAACCCUCGCCAGGCUCGAUGGAGUAUGUUUCUCACCAGGUUCGUAUUUAAAAUCACGUACAUCCCUGGGUCCCAGAAUGGUAAGGCGGAUGCGCUGUCCCGGCGGUAUGACACGGAGGAGAGGUCCGUUGAGCCCACUCCCAUACUACCGGAGUCUUGCCUUGUGGCACCGGUGGUGUGGGAGGUCGAUGCCGAAAUCGAGCGAGCGUUGCGUACCGACCCCAGCCCUCCACAGUGUCCUGAGGGUCGGAAGUACGUUCCGCUCGAGAUUCGGGAUCGACUCAUUUACUGGGCUCACACGUCACCCUCCUCUGGACAUCUGGGUAUCGGCCGGACGGUGCAUUGCCUUAGCACUAAAUACUGGUGGCCCACUUUGGCUAGGGAUGUGAGGGUUUAUGUCUCCUCCUGCUCGGUGUGUGCCCAGUGUAAGGCGCCCCGACAUCUGCCCAGGGGUAAGUUACAACCCCUGCCCGUUCCACAACGACCAUGGUCCCACCUCUCGGUGGAUUUUGUGACAGACCUUCCCCUCUCUCAGGGGAAUACCACCAUCCUGGUCGUUGUUGAUCGGUUCUCUAAGGCCUGUCGUCUUCUCCCUAUGUCGGGUCUUCCUACUGCCCUACAGACCGCUGAGGCCCUAUUUACCCACGUCUUCCGGCAUUACGGGGUACCCGAGGAUAUAGUGUCUGAUCGAGGCCCCCAGUUUACCUCUCGUGUUUGGAGAGCGUUCAUGGAGCGUUUGGGGGUCUCUGUUAGCCUUACCUCAGGGUACCACCCGGAGAGUAACGGGCAGGUAGAACGUGUCAACCAGGAUGUGGGUAGGUUUCUGAGGUCGUAUUGCCAGGACCGGCCGGAGGAGUGGGCACGGUACAUUCCCUGGGCCGAGAUGGCCCAGAACUCUCUCCGCCACUCCUCUACUAACCUAACCCCCUUCCAAUGUGUGUUGGGUUACCAGCCGGUUCUGGCACCUUGGCAGCAGAGCCAGAUCGAGGUCCCUGCGGUGGAUGAUUGGAUGAGGCGCUCGGAAGAGACGUGGAACGCUGCCCACGUCCACCUGCAGCGGGCCGUCCUUCGUCACAAGGCGAGCGCCGAUCUCCACCGCAGUGAGGGGCCGGUGUACGCACCCGGAGAUCGAGUCUGGCUCUCUACCAGGAACCUACCCCUCCGCCUGCCCUGCCGGAAGCUGGGUCGGCGGUUUGUGGGGCCCUUUAAAGUCCUGAGAAGAUUGAACGAGGUGUGUUAUAGGUUACAUCUACCUGUUGAGUAUAAGAAUAUUAACCCCUCGUUCCAUGUGUCUCUUCUCAGGCCGGUGGUAGCUGGUCCACUCCAGGACAAUGAGAUAGGGGAGACUCCUCCGCCCCCACUGGACAUCGAGGGGGCGCCGGCGUACACCGUUUGGUCCAUCUUGGACUCUAGACGCCGGAUGGGGGGGUCUCCAGUAUCUCGUGGAGUGGGAGGGGUACGGCCCGGAGGAGCGGUGCUGGGUGCCGCGGAGGGACAUCCUAGACCCAUCUCACCUGUCGGAGUUCCACCGGGACCAUCCCGCGCGCCCUGCUCCGCGUCCUCCUGGUCGUCCCCGAGGCCGGGGUCGGCGCACGGCUGGAGCCGCGCGUCAAGGGGGGGGGGGGGGGGGGGUACUGUCACGGUUUCGGCCGAGGCUGCUCCUCCUCCUGGUUCGGGCAGGCUUCGGCGGUCGUCGUCCCCGGAGUACUAGCUGCCACCGAUCUAUGUUUCAUGUUCGUUUGGUUUUGUCUGGAUGUUGUACACCUGUGUCUUGUUAGUCCUCGUUAGUGUCCUAUUUAGUUCUCGUUGUGUGUGCUUGUCGUUGUGUGUGAUUGCGCUUCUGUUUCGUGUUUGGAGCUACUUUUUCCCUCCAGUGUUUUUGGAGAGGUUAUGUUGCACAUGUUUGUGCACCGUUUGUUUUGUCACCUGUGUGCGCCGUGUAUUCGCCUUCGGGCUUAUUGUGCUUCCGUCUUUGAUAUAUAUUGCACUAAAGCCUUUGGACUGAGCCUCUGCGUCCUGCGCAUGAUUCAUACACCACACCCACCUUCAGCACGCCUUGACAGAAUUGUGUUUCUUGCAGUAAAAUGAUAGACCAAAUAUAAAUUUUGAGUAGAGAAAUAUUAUUUAUUUAUUUAUUUCAUCUUGAGGAAAUGUGAAUGGGCAUUUCUUUUCAGCAAAAUAUAAGCUUGACAGUAUUUCACUUUCAACCCAAAAUAUGCAUCCAAAAUUAACUGAAUUUCUAUCAGAAACAUGUUGGAUCGUUUUCACAGCUUUUAAUUUCCUUAAAACUGGUCAACAAACAUAUGUCAUUUGGAAAUUUUGUGUGGAAAAUCUCCCCGGUCCCUAAACGUCUUGUCUGCAAGAGAAGCAGAAAUUAAAGACAACUUUACCGCAUUCAUUCUAUCGAUUUAUGACAUUAUUCUGGUGAGCAAGGCUUUAUUUAGUAUUCCAGACCAUCAAGUAAUGGCAGAAGCCUACCUAAUGUCAGAAAUUAUAAGCAGAACAAUAUCUAAAUAAGGCUUAACUUUUUCAGCACCCCGUCAAAAAUGUGUUCCGUCGUCCCUGGGCAAAUUAGGAAUUUUCUGUUUAUUCAUGGAUACAGAGAUACUCGUGAGCAGAAUAUCAAAGGUGCAUGUAAACAUCUUAUUCUGAAUAAGACCUUAACCGGGAUAUGAGCUAUUAUCUGGAAUACUGUGUGCAUGUAAACGUGGUCAUUGAAUGGAAGUGCUUAGGGCCCAGGGAAUAGGGAUUGAUUCAGGAUUGGACAAAAGAGUACAACCUCUAUAAAAAAAAAUCCAGACUUACUUUCUGUACAGGUAGGCCUACUACGUUAUUUUUUAUGUUGUUCCUCUGACCUCCAGGUGACCCAGCGGUUUUCGUCAGAGGAGCUGUUGUCGUGGAACCUGCUAACUCGGACUAACAUCGACUUCCAGUACAUCAGCCUCAAACUGACCAUGGUCUGGGGCCUGGGCGUGUUCAUACGCUACUGCAUCCUGGCUCCGCUCAGGUAAUUACUGGGAGUGUGAAAUCAGUCAUCAUCACUGUGCUCCCCUUUAAUAAGGCCUUAGCUCUCUUACAGUUCACAUCCAUGAACCAAGCAUACGUGCCACUGACUGACCAUGGUGUUGCUGCAUAGACAGGAUUUACACCCAACAAAGCAAUAAACCAUGUAGUGUCGACAAUGCAUUAAUCCAUGACCAAUAUAAUGUGUUGUAGUGUCUCAUGUAUGUUCCUGAGUCAGAAUGUUUUCUUUCAGGAUCAUGUUGGCAUCUAUAGGCCUGACCUGGCUGGUGAUCGGAACCACUGCUGUAGGAUUCCUCCCUAACUGGAGGUACAGUUACACUGCAUUGAAUCUACAGGUUCACACGGGAUUGUUUUAAAAACGGAGAUGUUUGUCUUGUGUUAUUGUAUUUAAUCAGCUUCAUGGUAGCUUCUUACGUGUGUGGUGUGUGUCCGUGUGUGUUUUCUAGGCUCAAGUCCUGGCUGAGUGAGUGGGUCCAUGUGAUGUGCUACAGGAUCUGUGCUCGAGGCCUCUCCUGCACCAUCCACUACCAUAACAAGUCAGUGAACACUCCUCUCCUCUGACACAUGCAUACACAGCAGGCUUUCACACACCAUCAUGUCCCCCUGUGACUCUACGGAAGGUCCUCGUGAUAUGUGCACAGAGCUUUGUUUUGAUGUAAGAUGCACGUCUGUCACUUAAACGUGUGUCUUGCGUGUGUUCUCUGUCUUGUUUUACAGAGAAAACAGACCCAGAAAAGGAGGAAUCUGUGUGGCCAAUCACACCUCCCCGAUUGAUGUUGUCAUUCUCUGCAAUGAUGGGUGUUACGCCAUGGUAUGUAAAAUAAAGCAGAAAUUAAGCCUAGCUUGAAAUGGCUAAACUUUUGAUUCAUUUUUUAUACCUUUAUAAUCAAUGUUCCUUCUAAACUGGAACUGCCACGAUGAAGAAAUAUCAACCUGCGCAAAGAAGCACGAGAUUGAACUUCACUCAACUUUCUGGAGUUUUCCCCCUUAGUUUUACUAUCAAUGUUUCCCUUUACUGUGGGAAUUGUGAUUUGAAUCAACGCAAUAUUAGCCACUUUCAAUGCAACAUACCGAAACUAAACGAACUAUGCAAGACUUAGUAUGCAAAAAUUAACUAUGCAAGAGAUUUUGUUGUAGGCAAAACGCAUCAGGUAGGAUUGUAUUGCAUUGACACACACUACUCAGCCCGUACUCUACACAGACAAAUGCAGCAUAACCAGAGCUACAGUAGGCCUAUAUCAAAUCAAAUUGUAUUUGUCAAAUGUGCCGAGUACAACAGGUGUAGACCUUACAGUGAAAUGCUUACUUACAAGCCCUUAACCAACAAUGCAGUUUUAAGAAAAAUAAGUGUUAAGAAAGUAUUUACUAAAAUAAACUGAAGUAAAAAAUAAAUAAGAAAAUAGAAAAUUAACAUAAUUAAAGAGCAACAAUAAAAUAACAGUAACAAGGCUAUAUACAGGGGGUACCGGUACAGAGUCAAUGUGCAGGGGCACAGGUUAGUCGAGGUAAUUGAGGUAAUAUGUACAUGUAGAUAGAGAGAAAGUGACUAUGCAUAGAUAAUAAACAGAGAGUAGCAGCAGCGUAAAAAAUGGGGGUGGGGGGUUCAAUGCAAAUAGUCCGGGUAGCCAUUUGAUUAGCUGUUCAGGAGUCUUAUGGCAUGGGGUUAGAAGCUGUUAAGAAGCCUUUUGGACCUAGACUUGGCGCUCCGGUACCACUUGCCGUGCGGUAGCAGAGAGAACAGGGUGGCUGGAGUCUUUGGCAAUUUUUAGGGCCUUCCUCUGACACCGCCUGGUAUAUGCAAAUAGACCAUUGCCAUAUAUGGAUCUGUGCCAUUCACAUUGAACUGGACUGUGUUUACAGCAUGAGUGGUCAUGAGUAGAUGCGCUUGUUUGGAGAUCAAAGCCAGAGCUGCAUGUAGCCACGUGAGCACAUGUUUUCAUAUCCUUUGCUAGUUAGUGAGUUAUUAGCCCAGUUAUAGAUAAUUUAUAGUCAGCAAUGUGAUUGCUUCCUACAAAGCACAAAACGUGUACAUUUCUAGACAUCUUUGAAAAGCGAGUUGGGUAAAGAGCGUUUUCUUGUCUUAAAGGGGCAGUGUUGUAUUUUGAAAUGUCUUGAAUAAGCUAAGUAGCCAAUAGGCAGAGGGUAUCAUAAAUUGUCUGAUUCUCUGUAAUAAUGGUAUGGGAAUAAUAAUGCAUUUUAUUUUGUAAAGUGGUUUCUUGCAUCAAACAACACAACAUUUUCAGUCACCUUGUCUGAAGGACAAGUGAAUAAACAGGUCAAUGUCAAGCCCUGAAUGUUUUUUUUUUCAAAAGUCUAAUGGAAUGAAGGCCUACAUUGAACACCCCACAUUGGCUGCUACUGUAGGCUGAAUUAUAGAACAGCUAUUUCCAUGUUCAAAUGUUAUAGGAUGCAUUUUCUCAGUUGUUUUUGAUGGCAGGCCACUCUGUUAGGCCUACAUUACGAUCAAAUAGCCACGGUAGCCUACUUGACCACUGUCUGAAACUGUAACUUAAAGCGGUGUCUCAGUGUUCACAGUAAACGAGCGCUGGAAGUUGCACAGAAUUUUCACAAUGUUCAAGUUUGCACUCAGCAAAAUAAAAUAAAAUCUAACUUUAUUUAAAGUGCAUUUUAAAUCGCAACACACUUUAUAUUAAAACAAUAAAAUGAAAAAUUUAAAAUCAAUCAGGAAGCAGUAAAAAGGAUAAUAAAAGAACAUAAAACAAUCACUGAUUAAAUGCCAGGCUAAAAAUGUUUUUUUUUUUUAAUGUGAUUUUAAACUAUCAAUGGUGCCUGCCCCUCUUACCUGACAGGGCAAGCUGUUCCAUAACUGAGGGGCUUUGAUAGAGAAUGCUCUGCCCCCUCAUUGUUUCUGCAUCUAGGUACAGAAAGCAAACCGGCUCCUUGGAAGCGGAGAGCCCUCACUGGGUUGUAUAGAACGAGCAUGUCUGUCAGAUAAGAGGGGGCAAGGCCAUGCAGGGCUUUAAAGGUUAAGAGUAAGAUCAUAAAAUCAGAACAAAACCUUACAGGCAGCCAGUGUAGCGCAGUGGUGUGCUCGUGCCUUCUAGUGUUGGUUAAAUUACAAGCUGCAGUGUUCUGUACAAUUGUAGGCUUUUAAUAGAGAGUCUAAGCAGGUGGAGAAGUGGGCAUUGCAGUAGUCUAAUCUAUUUUAAACAAAUGCAUGGACCAUUGUGUCUAAUUCUGGAAAUGUUCCUGUGAUGGAAGUAUGGGUUUUGGAUAUGCUUUUUAUGUGUUGUCAAAAGUUAGACCAGGGUCAAAGGUAAUACCAAGGUUGUUAACAACCGUGUUUGGUGUAAUGAGGCAACCAUAAAUGUUGAGAGUGAGGUCUGACACUGUGAGUUUCUUGUGGCCAAGUAGGAUCAUUUCUGUCUUGAUUGUCAUCCAGUGUUUAACAUCAGUGAGGCAUGUCUCAAGGCGGGCUGACUGUAAAGUAUUGUCAGGUUUCAAAGAUAAAUAAAAUUGGGUAUCAUAAUAAUAAUAAUAAUAAUAAUAUGCCAUUUAGCAGACGCUUUUAUCCAAAGCGACUUACAGUCAUGCGUGCAUACAUUUUUGUCAUCAUGAUCAUCACUAUGGCAAUGAAAGUGCAUGUUGUGCUUACGGAUGACAUUGCCAAGGAGUAGCAUGUAUAAAGAAAGUGCAGUCUCAGUGCUGUGAAAUGGUCUAUACAUUUAUCUGUUGCUAAUUUACUAUCUUCUACUACUGUAAUCCUGUUCAGAUUAAUUGUCUGUGAAAGGUAUUAUGAGGACGUUAGAUGUAAUUUGAUCUGAUGGGUUUUAGGUGGGCCAGUCGCAUGGUGGUCUGAUGGGAGUGCUGCAGAGGUCCAUGGCCAGGUCCUGUCCUCACAUCUGGUUUGAGAGAGCUGAUAUGAAAGAUCGCCACCUAGUGACCAAGAGGUGAGCUUAUCUGUUCACUAUCUUAUCAGCCAGUGGGUUGGGCAUGUUCCUGGCACCAGACACUGGUAUUCCGACCUCUACCAACACUGUUCAGACAAGCACUGAUAUGCCCAUAGAAAAUUGCUACAGACAAAUAAAUCAGUCAUAUCUUUUUUUCUUUAACCUUUAUUUUGACAGGGAGUCAAUGCUGAGACCAAGGUCUCUUUUCCAGAUGAGCCCUGUUUAGCACAACAAUACACAUCAAAAUACAAUGUUUUAUCAUAGGUAUUCACUUAUCUUAUCAUAUUUCCUUAUCCAGAUAAUAUACUCGUGCCAGACAGAUGACGUAUGUUAUGUAGGUGCUUGUCAAAAUCCCCAACUCUAGCACAUUCAAGCAUAAAUGUCAUUGCCAUUUAACUGGGGAUAUAAUUUAAUACUAAGAUAUCCUGAUAUGGACAUACAUUAUAUGGUUCUAGUUAAAGCUAUGUUCACACUCCUCCCAGAUAUAAAGUUAGGUUUUCUAACUGUUCUUAAUGUUUACAGGUUGAGAGAUCACGUGAAUGACAAGACAAAGCUUCCUAUAUUGAUCUUUCCAGAAGGUAAGUGCUACAAUGGAGUAGGGUGAAGUCCUUUAGACACUGAUCUAAGCCAAUGUCUGUUUAGCAUUGGUUCGGAUAAGCUGCAUUGGUGUUGCAUUGGUUACAUUUUACAUUUACAUUUUAGUCAUUUAGCAGACGCUCUUAUCCAGAGCGACUUACAGUUAGUGAGUGCAUACAUUUUCAUACUGGCCCCCCGUGGGAAACGAACCCAGGUAGAGUAAGGUCAUCCUAUACCUGUACAUAUGAGUAGCAUCUGCUAGAAUGCAUUUAUCUCCCUUAUCUGUCAUUUUGGAGAGCGUUGUUGUUAUCAUAGAGAUCUUUAUAUGUCUCUGGUUGUUCUGGUUGUGGCUUAUCUCCAGUCCAUAUUUCUGGUUUCCUCAGGGACCUGUAUCAACAACACAUCUGUCAUGAUGUUCAAAAAGGGAAGUUUUGAAAUCGGAGGAACAAUAUACCCAGUAGCUAUAAAGGUAAGGGACUUCUGUUCAGUGUUUGAUUUCUCCCUAAAUCAUGCAAAGAUGACAUUGGAAAAGUUGCACGAGAAAGUCAGCACAGAUUUGAAGAGGUUUUCUGUCAACUGUGGGACCAUCUCCCUCCCUCAGUAUGACCCUCAGUUUGGGGAUGCAUUCUGGAACAGCGCCAAGUACAACAUGGUGAGCUACCUGCUCAGGAUGAUGACUAGCUGGGCUAUAGUCUGUAAUGUCUGGUACCUGCCAGCCAUGCACCAACAGGUGUGUAUACAACAACACACACACGCACACUUACACAGUACCUGCCAGUUAUGCACUAAGUGCCACUGACUUAUUUCAUGUUUUCAGGAAGGGGAGGAUGCUGUCCAGUUUGCCAACCGAGUCAAGUCUGUCAUCGCACAUCAGGGGGGACUAGUGGACCUGUCCUGGUAAGUAUCUCCCCCCAUCUUACUAUGAAUGGCAUCCUGUCUGUCUCAUACUGGACUUCUGCUAUGCAUCUCUUAGACCUCAGCAUGGACACACAAUUGCAGUAUCUCUUGCACACAGAUUAUUUGUGUUAGUAUCUCCUAGGCAACACGUUUGUUCUCCUGUAGGGACGGAGGCCUAAAGAGGGCAAAGGUGAAGGACACGUAUAAAGAAGCGCAGCAGAAGAAAUACAGCAGCAUGGUGGUGGGGGGUGAGGAGGACCGCAGCAGUAACGGCGACUGACACCCUCCUCUACCGUAUGAAAAGGACCGCUCAUUCUCUAGCAACCUACAUCGCGACCGCUGGAGACGAGAGUUUUACUUUGGCAGUGGUCACAUCACAUUUCGGUUUCUCCAAUGAUCACGCAGUGUCAAAACAUAUUUUGCUUUCACAUUCACAGUGUAUAGAAGGGGACAUAGGCCCAUCCAAAAGCUCUUAUCAGGGAGUUUGGACAGGAGCUGGCCAUCACUGCCUGAAUACUCCACUACUGACUACUACUGACAACCACGGACUAGACUGCCAUCGUGUGAAAGAACCAUUCAGUGAUGUAACAUUGAGAGUGUGUUUGUGUCUGUAGAGGAUGAUAACUGAUAAGCCAAUGGCAUUACAAGAGGAAGGACUCUCGUGUACUGUGAUGACACAAGUGCAGUGGAACUGUAAAUGAGAUGAGGUGGCAGGUCCAAUAGCAUCCGUUUUGGAUUUGAAUAGCUCUUUCUUGUGCUGCUAUGAAACACUGUUCUAAUUCUCUGCUGGAAAAUGACUAUAAAAUCCUGUGUUAAGGCAUUACAAUAAAUGGAUAACCUUGUGAAUAGUACAAUUGUGACUGUAGCCUUUUUGUUGUUUGAUCGCAAAGUUCUAAAUGUCAGAAAGUGUUAUGCGUAUGCCAUGACUGUCUGUAGUUAUGAGCUGCUGUACAUUCAGAGCCAGUUAAUCAAUCCUGUCGAUCAGUCAUUGCUGCUAAUCGUUUGG